GCAACAACGCCGCCACGCAGCCUGUCGGGCUCCCGGUGCUCUCCUGCGCACCCAACCCCCGACAACCCCCGUCUGAAUUUCCCGCGCGAUCCCUUACGACUCGAGUGGCUCAGUUGCGCGCGGUGGAAGCUUCCCAAAGCGUCGACCUCGCCGUUGGAAAUGAUCGAAAUACCUGGAAGAUUGCCUCGAUCGGUCCACCGGAAGCUAUUCCACCCCCUUUCGAAACUGUUACAGUGAUUAACCACCCCGUCAAGAUACCCAGGCUCGUUUAAUCUCUGCUAGGGGUCGAUCCGCGAGGGGUCCGGGCUAAGGGUGGCAGGGAAUCCUCGGUGAAUGGAGGACUCGAGGUCUACGAGCCGCUCGGAGGGGGUGGUACGACGGGGGGAGCCAACGGGGUCUUCAGGGGUGCAAUGUGACACAGUGAACUCGAGGGAAAUCGAAUCGACACUUCCAUGCGGUGGGAAGCGUCGAUUUAACAGGCUUUAAUCCACUUGGAAAAACGGAAGUGAAAGAUUCGUCGCUGAAUAUCUGGAAACGUGGUUUGCGAGAGAUAGUGAUUUCGAACGGACGCAACUUUCGGUUUCUCGCGGGGACUUUUCGGAGAAAAGGCGAGGGAACGUUUCGAGGAUCGAACGAGGGAUCCCCGAGCAGCGAUGAAAACCUCGGACGAGGCAUCGAUCUGACCUUUCGAUAACCGUCGGGCUUUUUGUGUCGCGGAACGGUCUAACGUUCGCGUGUCGAUCGAGCCUGUCAGACAGGAGGAGAAGCCCCUGUUCGGCUCUUUUUUCACGGUAACGUUAUCGUCUAUUAAGCAAUGGUCGCUUUCAAUCUGAAAGCGUUAAUAAACGCCCCGGUGUCAGAGGAAUGAAAUGCUAACAGGACCCUGGAAGUCGUUGGAAAGGUACUCGUCUGGCGGUAUCAAGAAUUCGAAGAACCGAGGCAAAACAGAAGGGCGUUCAUAAGCGCCCCGAUGUGCUUCGAUUGUUCGACAAGGAGACACAAAGUCGCCGUUAAGAGGUCGACGCGAGCCAUGUAGGGGAGGACCGAUCCAGAAGUCCAUCGAAUCAUCUCGCGUAACCCCUGCGACUGCUGGCUAGCUUCGCUGACCAAACGGCUACCCGGCUCGCAAUAUUCCCGUAACGGAGCUCACGCUGGCAAGCGUCCCAGUAGCGGCAGAAAGUUGGCAAGUGGCGACGCCCUUUCCCCGACGAAGAUGAAGGCCAACCUGGUACGUCGACUCGUAGGCACGUCCGUGACCUAAGGCCGCCCGUCGAGUCUCUUCGAACCGAAGAAGAGGAACAAGGCCAAGGAAAACGGUUCAGCCGUAGAGGCCGAGGCAUGACGACGAUCGCUACGACCUCCGAGCCAACGGAGGUGUCCUCGGUGGACGUGACGACCCUGCUGAACGCCAUCUCGACCGAGGAGAGCCAGUUCGUCAACGGCACCUACGCGAACGAGCCCAAGUGGUCGUUACCGGCUACCAUAGCCAAGGGCUGCCUCCUGGGCUCGAUAAUCGUGACCGCGGUGUUCGGCAACUUGCUGGUGAUGGUGUCCGUGAUGCGUCACAGGAAGCUGCGAAUAAUCACCAACUACUUCGUGGUCUCGCUGGCGCUGGCCGACAUGCUCGUGGCGAUGUUCGCGAUGACGUUCAACGCGAGCGUUCAGCUCACCGGAAAGUGGCUGUUCGGUUACUUCAUGUGCGACGUGUGGAACUCGCUAGACGUCUACUUCAGCACCAGCUCGAUCCUCCAUCUGAUGUGCAUCUCGGUGGACAGGUACUGGGCGAUCGUGAAACCUCUCAAGUAUCCUAUCAUCAUGACCAAGCGUAUCGCCGCGUACAUGUUGCUCGCCUGCUGGGUGAUGCCCGGCUUCAUAUCGUUCAUGCCGAUAUUCAUGGGCUGGUACACCACCGCCGAAAACACAGCUCAUAGGGAGAAGCAUCCGGAACUCUGUGAGUUCAAGGUGAACAAGAUCUACGUGAUAUUCUCGUCGAGCAUCUCGUUCUGGAUACCCUGCACGAUCAUGACCCUCACGUACUUCGCGGUGUUCAAGGAGGCUAACAGGCAGGAGAAGCAGAUGCACAGCCGCAUGGGUAACGUGAUGUUGCUUAGCCACAGGCCCAGCAAGGACCUGAACAAUCUUAACGGGGAGUUGAACAGUGCGGGCUCGUCCAAGACUUUGACGUUGAACGAGAUCAGCACGGAUCACCUGCACACCCCCACGAAGGACAAGAACAUCAUGAAGAUGAAGAGAGAGCACAAAGCUGCGAGGACGUUAGGCAUCAUCAUGGGUACCUUCAUACUGUGCUGGUUGCCGUUCUUCUUGUGGUACGUCAUCACGACCCUCUGCGGGGAAUCCUGCCCGUGCCCCGAUAUCGUGAUCGCGCUCCUCUUCUGGAUCGGAUACAUGAACUCGGCGCUGAAUCCGCUGAUCUACGCGUACUUCAACCGCGACUUCCGAGAAGCCUUUAAGAACACGCUGCAGUGCGCUUUCUGUUCGCUCUGCAGGAGAGAGCCGUCCGACCUCGAGGCGCUCGAUUUCCGUCGACCGUCCCUAAGGUACGACGACCGCACUAAGAGUAUAUACUCGGAGACGUACGUCAAGCACAUCGACCGGCGAAGAUCGAGCGAGUUCGGUAGCAGUCUCUGAGAAGAGGGCAACUUUAUACGUUAAACCGCAAUCGCGAACAAGAUACGCAUAAUACGUACACGCCCACCCAUACAUCCGUAUCAUCGUCCACGCAAGCAACAAGCGACCCGUACCUCGCAACGACAGAUUCUCCGUUAUAUUGCCAAACCACACACACAUACAUACACACACACACGCACACGCGCGCGCGCGCGCACGCAACAACAAACAAACAAACAAACAAACAAAAGGAAUCUCAUCCCAAAUAUUCGCAUUUUAAACGUUUUGAAUGGCCCCGUGCAUUUUCGAUUUCAGCAGCUUCUCGUCCUGAAAUUUCACGUUAAUCACGCGACUAGGUAUAAAAAUAUCGAAAAAUACACCGGACAUGUUUACACGGGCCGCCAUCGACAGGGACCAUCAGGGACAUGUCGUCGAACACCGGGCAAUAUCCAGAAUCGGUUACCACGCAGAACUACUUCUUCUACCGUACUCUCCAACGUGUCCCGAGCCCAGCCGUGUCUCGCGACUCUUACGCGCCGAGGCGAGCUGCAGAGGGAACCGAAACUGCAGGGGGCCAGGAAACACGGAGACACGCGAGAGUCGUGCGACGUCGUCGAACGAUCACAGAGACGGAACACCUGGUGGAGGUACACACGCAUACAACGCAUAGAUCACGUCACAUUGCCAAAGAUAGUAUUCUUAAGAGAAGCUUCCGCGAUGAGAGAGUUCCAUGCCGAGAUCGACCGAUGGAUCAGCCGAGGGAACACGAGAAGUUCGAAGAAGAGCGACAGCCGCGAGAAAAGCCGACCGUGUCGCCAAACCUCGUCCUUUCGACGAAGGACUCUCUACGCGACCAAACCGACCGACCCCAUCCAACUACUCUAAGUCGAUCCUACUCUAAGUCGAUGUUCCAAACGUGGUCUCAACAAUCUUUCCUAAAAUUUUGCUAAAAUCGAGAGUUUUCCAGAGGUCGGGUCGAUUGGUUCGGUCCGAGAGAGGCGCGAAUGUCCGAUUGGGUGGCCAAGUGCAUUAGCUCGACUCCUGUUCGACGUCGCUUCCGCUUCCUUUUUUUCCAGCGAACGCGGACGACCUGACAAUUCGCUCGCCAUUGCUUCACAGUUCAGAUCUCGGAUGCGGGUCCGCAGCUUUAGACUCGAGCCUAUAUUCGCGAGAGACGGCGUACAGGGAGUUGUUGAUGUCGUUGUUAUUGUUUGAUAUUAUUUAUUGUCGAUGAGGGUAUUUUAAGUACGUUAGCAAUUUUUACUUCGAAGCUGCUGAGCCCUGAACUCCUCAGGGAUGAAUGUCUCCCUGAGCUGAGACACCACGUGGUCUAAUACCAAAGAAGUCGUUACCGUUAUCGUUGUUGUUUAAUUCAUAUUAUUUAUCGUCGGAUGGUUAUUUAUUCUACGGUUAAGCUUCGAAGAGAGAUUCGUGUAUCAGAUCGUUGGAGGUCGUUAGUGUUUUUGUUAAGGGGACCCUGCGUUUGGACUGAGAGAGCACCGCAUGACUCCAAGACACGAGUGUAUUCGCGUUUCACGUAAUAUUUUUAAUGCGUCUAUUGUUCCUUCCUGUAUACGAAAGUACAAUUAUUAUUUAAAAGGUUGAGACAGAUGUCAUCAAAUUUGCUCUCUAAUUAUUCAAGCAGUUCAUCUUCGGAGUCUAUGGUUUACCUAAUCCCUUCAAGCUAGGAUUAAGUAAAGUAGUUGCAAUAGCCUUCGUUCGGAAGUGCCGCAUGACCUAACCUCGGGACACAACAGUUUUAACAAGUUGUGAUUACUUUUAACGAUUCAUUUUGCUCAUUGUCGUACACAGUCUUCUAUUUUGCGAGCGAUCAGGUGAAAGAGAAUCGUCGAAGCACCUCGAUGAAACGUCCGAAUACGUCAGUCGGGUGAUAGAUUCUUAUGGAGAUUGGUCGAGGAAACGAUCGACAGCUUGAUAUAUGGAAAAAUUCUAAUACGUCUUCUAAUUCCCAGCGAACACGAAUUUCCUUUCGUUUUCUCCCUCUGGGAGAAUUUCCCUUUUCCCUCUCGAUUCGCGGUUUCGGGAACUUCCAAACCACCGGAUCGACUUCUACGUUCUGUAUUCGUAUGUCAAAUUCAAUAACAGGGAAAUCUCUUUUUCGCAUCGUAAUAUCCAAAUUUUAAUUCGAAUCGAAUACGUACGACCUUUCGAUCUCGUCUAGGAUCGACCGAGGUGUUUCGACGAGUAGAGAAAUGAAUUUCACAGACAACUACUAACCGACGGGAAAGCUUUUAUCGGUGGAGCUCUCAAAACGAGAAAACUGUUCCCCGAGCGUAACGCGAAAGUUGCCGGUCGAGAGACUCGCUAGAUAAGGUCGAUUCGCUCACUUCGUCGUAAUUUAUUCGUUAAACUAUAUGUAUAUAUAAUUUAGUUGUUAAUUAAUUUUAAUUCGCCGCUCGAGAAGUGUUUUUAUUUACGUUAUAUAUUUUAUUAAUGUUAACCGUGCCAAUCUUUGUACGUUGCGUUCGAUUUUAUUUAUGACGAUGUUUCGUUGUUUGUUUCUUUUAUCUCGUUUCUUUUUUUAAAUCAUUUUUCUGCGAUUCACCGUUUCUCUGUGAUAGAGUCGUGUAUUAAAAUUCACUUGUAAUACGUGUAAAUAGUCUGUAAAUAAAUAAAAUCGCCCCCACCCACCACCCACCCCAAACCCUCCCCCCGCCAGAUCCCUGGCGGGGGCGGUUAGUUGCAAUAAUCGGAAGUUAAUUACGGCGUUUCUUCCGUAAACGACCUAUUAGUUGGUAAAUGAAAAAUGUAGCACUGCGUAUUAACAAUCAGAUGUACCCGUGUGUAGAAUAAAUGGAGCGACAAAUGUGUGGAACGAACAUUUUUGUGCGCCACGAGUCGACGAUACGACGCGUCGUUUCGUUAUCGAAAACACUGUUCCUUUUUUUUUUUUAUUUUUUUUAUUUUAACGCUCGUGCUCUGAUUAACGAAACACGAGCAAUUUUCGAAUGCGUGAUCGGUGUCUUUUCGUUUCCGUCGGGCGAACUGGGAGCCAGUUCGUGGAUCGGACGAUUUUUUUUUUUUACAAUGGCUGGAUGUGGAUUCGAUCGUCUCCCUCUCGAAAUACGCGUAGUGUAGCGAUUAGAAGAAUCGGGUGAGAAGAAAAAUGUCGAAGAAAAAUAUCGAAACGAUAAGAAUAUUCGAAAAUGUUCGGCGACGCUUGAUAAACAUUUGUAUCGUUUUUAAUAAUUACCAAUUUGCAAGUAUCCCUUUCUAGUUUCUGUUUCGUUCGAGACUAUUAAUUAUAAAAUAGCAUCGGAUGCUUCUCGAAUCUAUUCGUGAAUUUUCGUGGGAAGAAACACGCCGUUGAAGCUACAUUCCGUGAACCUUUAUUAUUAUUUUUUUUUCCUUUUUUUCUUUUUAUCGAAUUCGCAGAGAAAAUUUAAACACGCUUCGGUGACGAAACUUUGGUAACCUUGUGCUUCUUUUCAUUUUACUUUCAUUUUUUUUAACGCGAUGUAUCAUCCUUUAGCUCGCCGAUUUAAGUAUCAGCGAAAUUGUUACGAUAGUAAUUUUUCAACGCGUACCAACUAGCCAGAUUACGAAUGAAAUAUUCAACGGAAUUUCGAGACGCACCACGAUUUACACAGACACCUGUGCGCAGGUCAAACAAUCAAGUUCACUGGCCAGGCUCGUAAAUGUACCGACGACGGGGUUUUUACGAGCUCUUUACGACUACGCAUUCAUGUCAGCUACCAAGUGAAAUGUGCCCACUAGUAGCGCACCAUUUCGCGCGAUCAUUAAUCGACUGUCGAAUAUCAAAAUUCUCUCAAUGUGCUCGCCGAAAAGCACCUCUCGGUCCUGAAAUAACGAGCGUCUGGUGUAUACAUAGUACCACGAAUUUCCUGUUUAACUAUAAAAAAUAUUUUUACUAAACUAAUGGAACUUGCUGGGCAACAGAAUCAAAAGAUAAGAGUUCGUAGAAACAGUAUUAUCUUUAGAAAACGUUCAAAUACUCGUACGUGUAAAUAGCUCUGUGUCUGAGAAAGUUUACAAUUAUUUUGCAACGGUUACAGUAGACGGUACAAAUAAUAUUAAGAUCGUUUCGUUUGUUAAGGUUUGUUAUACUUCCUUGUCGGAUCUGUGUAUUUUGUAUUUCCAUUGGUUCCCGAUAUUCUCUAUUUUAGCGAACAUCGACGAUAUUAUUAUUUCGGUUAUUUUUCAAAUAACGUCGCGGGAAAUAAAAGACUGAAAUGUUAUUUCGAA